UACAGAUGUAACUCAGUCGGCAAAUUAUAUAAGUUCGCAAAAUACAAGUGGACUUUCCUAUCAAGUUACUCUCAGGAUUGUAAUCAAAGGAAUAUCUUUGGAGAUGGAGAAGAUUAUAGAAACAUUCACCACUAUAAAUCUUUCCGGCAACAAGUUUCAAGGAAAUAUUUCAGCUGCAAUUGGGGAACUUAAAGCACUCAUGGGACUCAAUCUAUCUGCAAAUGACCUCACGGGUCAAAUUCCAUCUUCAUUUUCUCAGUUGAUCAGGCUUGAGUCAUUAGAUCUUUCUAGAAAUAGUUUAUCGGGGGAAAUCCCCCAACAUUUGGCAGAUCUCACAUUCCUUUCAGUUUUGAAUCUUUCACAAAACCAUCUCACAGGAAGGAUACCACAAGGCAACCAAUUUGGAACAUUUCCAGCUGCUUCAUAUGAAGGGAAUUUGGGGUUAUGUGGACCUCCAUUACCAAAAAGAUGUGGAGUCAUAGAUAGUGCAUUACCUCCAGCUUUGGCACUAGAAAAGGAAGAAGAUUCAACAAGUAUACUUGAUUGGAGAUUUGUGAUUGCAGGGUAUUGUUCAGGAGUGAUAAUCGGGGUGGUGAUUGGUCAUACUAUGUUUUGGAGAAUCAUUGGAUGCUUCAAGCUAACAUCAAGAAUGAGAAAACUCAAGCGAAGACAAGGAUCAAGGAAGAGCAAAAGCCAUGGAAGACUAAAAUGAACAACUGUCAAAUCGUGGAGUGAACAAGAUUUCAGUAGCAUUGUAUUUAUUUGUGUUCUUAAUGUUGAAUGUGCUUUUAUUUCUUAGUGAUGUUGGGUUGUUAUCUAUGAUAUGCUAUGUUCUUUUAAUUUAAUAGAAUUCCUCACUGCUGCGGAAGGUUCAGUGUCAAACACCUGAAA